GCAGACACGGGGGCGCUCGCAGGCAGCGUCUCACACACCGCCGCUCUCUGACCGGAGCGCUUCACACAAACUGUCCGGUGAGUUGAACUCAGCAGGUCCGCUCCGCGUCUCUUACCGCUCGGCUGUCACCGUCUCCUCAGAAACAAAUGGAAACCAUUGUGUUUAGACUGCCCAUUAUUUGCGUAUUUGGUGUGAGUUGUCUCUCAGCGCGUGUCUAGAGGGAGAGGUGGAGUUCAGAGAAACCUGCGCUCACACGGACUUACCGCUGCGGACUGUAGAGAUAUUGGGAUUUAAUACACGUUUGCGAGUCCUGUACAUAUUUGGCAGAACUCGUUGACUGUUCUUCACACCUAGAUGAACGGGAGGAAUAUUGCAGGACUUAUUUUGUGUCCAGUGGCAGAUACCCAGUGCUCUAUGACCCUGCCCCAGCAGUACUGAGCAGAGUCCAGUGGACCCCCAUGGCUCCCCCUGCAGAGGGAACGCCCCUGGCCCGCUGCCUAGUCGUGGUGCACAGUCUGCUGCUGCUGUUUCCCAGAGGAGUGCCCUGCCGGGGGGCCACACGGGCCUCUGAGUCCCCCUGCCACAAAGCGGAACACCCGCUCAUCUCACACACAGAAAUCGAGCCAUGGAUCCGCCGGUUCAAAGCUGAGGGCACAGUCGAUUACUCACAGCUGACCUUCGACCCCGGACAGAACGAACUAAUCGUAGGCGCCAGAAACCAUCUCUUCAGGCUACAUUUAGAGGAUCUAUCAUUGAUCCAGGAGGCAGAAUGGCACUGUGAUGAGUUUACCAAAGGAGCCUGUUUCAGUCGGGGAAAAUCAGAGGAGGAGUGUCAGAAUUACAUCCGAGUGCUGCUAGUCAACGGAGACAGGCUGUUUACCUGCGGCACAAAUGCAUUCACUCCCAUCUGCACCAAUCGCACGCUGACCAACCUGACUGAGGUCCAUGAUCAGAUCAGUGGAAUGGCCCGCUGCCCCUAUAACCCCCUGCAUAACUCCACUGCCCUCAUCACUUCCAGCGGGGAACUGUAUGCCGCCACGGCUAUGGACUUUUCCGGCAGGGACCCAGCUAUCUACCGAAGCCUGGGAGGACUCCCGCCUCUGCGCACUGCCCAGUACAACUCCAAAUGGCUCAACGAGCCCAACUUCGUUUCCUCCUAUGACAUCGGUAACUUCACCUACUUCUUCUUCCGGGAGAAUGCAGUGGAACACGACUGCGGCAGGACUGUGUUCUCUCGUGCUGCCCGGGUCUGCAAAAAUGACAUUGGAGGCCGUUUUCUGUUGGAGGACACAUGGACCACCUUUAUGAAGGCCAGGCUUAAUUGCUCACGGCCGGGUGAGAUUCCAUUCAACUACAAUGAGCUACAGGGAACCUUCUUCCUGCCCGAGCUGGAGCUGCUGUAUGGAAUCUUCACAACUAACGUGAACAGCAUUGCAGCAUCAGCAGUGUGCACCUUCAAUCUAAGCGCUGUUACCCAAGUGUUCAGUGGGCCUUUCAAGUACCAGGAGAACUCGCGCUCCGCAUGGCUGCCCUACCCCAAUCCCAACCCUGACUUCCAGUGUGGCACUAUAGAUUAUGGCUCCUAUGUGAAUCUAACCGAGAGGAACCUGCAAGAUGCUCAGAAGUUUAUUCUGAUGCAUGAGGUGAUACAGCCCGUCGUUCCCGUGCCGUAUUUCAUGGAGGACAACGUGCGCUUCUCCCAUGUAGCCGUGGACGUAGUGCAGGGCAAAGACAUGCUCUAUCACAUCAUUUAUCUAGCCACAGAUUACGGCACCAUUAAGAAGGUGCUCUCUCCGCUGAACCAGACCAUGGGCAGCUGUUUGCUGGAUGAGAUUGAGCUCUUUCCCCUCAAGAGGAGGCAUCCGAUCCGUAGCCUGCUCAUACUUCACAGCCGCAGUGAGCUAUUUGUGGGAGUCAGGGACCAAGUCAUCAAAAUCCCCCUGAUGCGCUGCAACUUCCACAAGUCCAGAGAAGCCUGUGUGGGGGCCAGAGAUCCGUACUGCGGCUGGGAUCUGGUGCUUAAAAAAUGCACCACCCUGGAAGAGAGCGUCAGCAUGAGCCAAUGGGAGCAGAGCAUCACAAAGUGUCCUGUGAGGAACGUGACUGUGGAUGGACAUUUUGGCAGCUGGUCGGGAUGGAAAGCUUGUAGUCAUAGUGAUGGAGGCAGUGUUGGUUCGUGCCAGUGUCGGACACGAGAAUGUGACAGUCCAAGCCCUCAGUGUGGAGGACAAACUUGCCAAGGAAUUAGUGUCGAGGUGGCAAACUGCUCCAGGAACGGAGCCUGGACACCGUGGACGGCCUGGGCUUCAUGCAGCACCAGCUGCGGAAUCGGAUUCCAGGUCCGACAACGCUCUUGCAGCAACCCCACCCCUCGUCAUGGAGGACGGGUGUGUGUGGGCCAGAACCGCGAGGAGAGAUACUGCAACGAACACCUGCCCUGUCCUCCACAUGUCUAUUGGUCAGCAUGGUCUCCAUGGGAACGCUGCACAGUUCCAUGUGGUGGUGGGAUCCAGUCUCGACGCCGGACAUGUGAGAAUGGAAACGAGUGUCCUGGAUGCAGUGUGGAAUUCCAAUCCUGUAAUACCCUCCCUUGUCCGGAUAUAAAGAAGACUACUCCCUGGACACCAUGGACACCAGUGAAUAUCUCAGACAAUGGUGGCCACUACGAGCAGAGGUUUAGGUACACGUGUAAGGCGCGUGUACCCGAGCCCAACCUGCUGGAGGUGGGGAGGCAGCGAAUCGAGAUGCGGUACUGCUCUAGUGACGGCUCCACGGGCUGCUCCACCGACGGAGAUUUGCUGCGUUCAGGCCGUAUCACUGGACUGACAGUAAAUGGAGGUUGGUCUGCCUGGGGUUCUUGGAGCCAGUGCAGCCGGGACUGCAGCUCAGGGGUACGAAACCGUAAACGAACCUGCUCGAACCCCAAACCGAAAUAUGGAGGAAUCACCUGCAUUGGACCAGCCCAGGAGUUUCAAGAGUGCAACACCACCCCGUGUCCAGUGGACGGAAGCUGGUCGUGCUGGUCACCUUGGUCCAAAUGCUCGGUGACAUGCGGCGGGGGCCACUACAUGCGCACACGCAGCUGCAACAAUCCUCCACCUGCCUACGGAGGUGACAUCUGCCUGGGCUUGCAUACUGAAGAGGCCCUCUGUAACAUCCAAGCCUGCCCCGAGAGCUGGUCUGAUUGGUCCGAAUGGUCCCCGUGCGACUCAUCAGGUUCUCAGGUCCGACAGCGGCACUGCGAUGUCUUGUUUCCCACCGGAAACCAGUGCUCGGGCAACAGCAGCGAAACCCGCGCCUGUCUGCCCAUCUCAAACUUCAUCCCAGAAACUUCCGUUGCACGUUCAAGUCAAGAGGAAAGAUGGUGUGGAGACUUCAAUGUGUUCCACAUGAUCGCCGUGGGACUGAGCAGCUCUAUACUGGGCUGUCUGGUGACCUUGCUGGUGUACACUUACUGUCAGAGAUACCAGCAGCAAUCCCAUGAUGCCACUGUCAUCCACCCUAUCUCUGCCGCCCCACUCAACACCAGCAUCACCAACCACAUCAACAAACUGGACAAGUAUGAUUCAGUUGAAGCCAUUAAGGCUUUUAAUAAGAAUAACUUGAUGCUGGAAGAGAGAAAUAAAUAUUUCAACCCUCAGCUAGCAGGAAAAACAUACACCAAUGCCUACUUCACUGACGUUAAUACCUACGACGACUUUUAAAAAUGGAUGUUUCCAGUCAUCUUCACCUUGGGGGACUCGUUCAACUGGGUUCAACUUCAGCACCUUUUGGUUUAUUUUUUGGCUUCGUGGUUUGUUCUGAUAAAAAAAAAAAUUAUGUGGGACCAUCACAAACACCUAUUAAGCUGUACAGAACCAUUUUUAACGUUAACAAGGACAACACGCUCUCCAGGUGUGUGGACGUCACUAAAUAAACAUGAACUUGUCCGUGGCGGACAAACACUGCAGGCUUCACUGAGAGUCGACUCUAUAAACUCUGUGAAAGACCUGCCACUAAAGAGAUGGCACAUGGACGCUUUGCAUGCAUGGUUUUCCUUUAUUGUUGCUACAUUUAUUUGCAUGGUUGGCAUUCCAGUGUUGUUUGUGGGCGGGGCCUGCGUCCUGUAUGGGUGGAGCCUUUCUUGGACUGCUUUGUCUCCUGUGCUGAAUCCGAAGCCCCCGUGCCUAACAGGACCUCUCCGGUGCAUUAACCUUGCCUAAAAGGAAAACUGUCACAACUAACACACACAAUCGAUAUGUAGAUGGUCUUUAAAAACGUGUUUAUGUAUCUUAAAUUCGGGGCACUUGUAAGUCAAGCUCUUAGCAGUGGUUGGAAUCUCUUUGUUUUUUGUUGUACAAAACACUUUUCAUGAUGCAUAUGUCAGUGUAGCUUUUAUAGACGAGUUUAAUCUAAAACCAAGUGUAAGUUUGUUUCCAAGUAACCCUAUUCAGCCACCAAAACAAAAGUACUCUUAUUACAUUUGUCUUUAUGUGGUGUAAGGUCUAAAAGAAGAGAGAAUGUGACACACAAUGAGACCUUUUUAUGUAAUCCAUGGAUCAUUUGAAUAAUAUAUUUUUGUUUAGUUUAGUAGUUCAACAAGAUGAAAACAAGUAUUAAUGAUAAAAACAUGAUUUGUGAUUUGUAGCAUUGAAAUGAUUAAUCCGUUUAACCACCCGUUGAAGAUGGAAAGGUGUGUUCAGUGCUAGGAAAUCCUUUAUUUCUAUUUCUACUAAUUCUUUUCUACUCUACAUUUUUUUGCUUGUUUAAAUGUGCAUAAAUUAAAAUUGCUUCAUAUACCCUA